AUGCUGCAAAUCGUACAUAUAAUGUACAAGCUGAGAAUAGAGAUGACCAUAUUAUCGACGCAAGAAGCGAAGCAACUAUUCAUGCCAAAAAGUUUUACAACCAACGUAACAUAAUAUUAAACAGAACAUAUGUACUUAUCGUGGAUCUUCUAAAAAGCGAAGAUCAUCUCGAAGCCAUUAAAAAGCAGGCUGAAAGUCAGGCAAAGGAGUAUACAAGAGUUAGUGAAUCCGAGAAAGCUUUACAGAAAAAGGUGGAAGCUUUAAUGAGUGAAUUGAAUGAGGAAAAGAAGGCAUCGAGAGAUUUUGAUAAUUUGAAGAAACAGGCUAGUCAGCAAAAGGAAGAAUAUUUGAAAUUGACUGACAAGUACAAUGAAUUAGAGAGAAAGCAUGAAAAUCGGCAAGAAGAUAAGAAAAAUGAAUAA